AUGCUACAUUCUCGUCAUUUUCUAAAUCGUUUAGCAACAUCGACGAUUCAUUCACGUUGCUUUGCUGGCACUCUUGUACUUGCUGAACAGGUCGAGGGUGGUAAACUUGCACCAGCUACUCUAAAUGCAUUAACUGCUGCUAGCCAAUUGAAACAAGAUGUUGAUUGUAUUGUUUUUGGUUCUGAAAAGACAACUGAAACUGCUAAUCAAUUACAAAAAUUUAAUAAUUUAAAUAUAAAAAAUAUUUUUAUUGCUGAAAAUGCUGCAUUUCAAGGUUUACUCAGUGAAUCUGUAACACCAGUUUUAUUUGAUUUACAAAAGAAAAAUAAUUAUACACAUAUUCUUGGUGGUUCAUCGACAUUUACUAAAGGUAUUUUACCACGUUUAGCUGCUUUACUUGAUGUACAACCUAUAUCGGAUAUAACAAAAAUAAUUGAUAAAGAUCAAUUUAUGCGUUUAAUUUAUGCUGGUAAUGCUAUUCUUAAACUUAAAUCAAAUGAUCCGAUUAAAAUAAUAACUGUACGUGGUACAGCAUUUGAAGCAGCUAAACAAGCUGCUGGAAGUGGAGAAGCCAAAGUUGAAAAACUAGAUUCAUCAGUAAAAAAUGAUUUAUCAGAAUUCGUUGAACGACAAGUUCAACAAUCAGAACGGCCAGAAUUAGCUAGUGCUCGAAUUAUAUUUUCCGGAGGUCGUGCACUUAAAAGCAAAGACAAUUUCAAAUUACUUUAUGAUUUAGCUGAUCUAUUUCCUGGUCAAGCAACUGUUGGUGCUUCACGAGCAGCUGUUGAUGCUGGAUAUUGUGCAAAUGAUUUACAAAUUGGUCAAACAGGCAAAAUUGUUGCACCUGAACUUUAUGUUGCUAUUGGUAUAUCAGGUGCUAUUCAACAUAUUGCUGGUAUGAAAGAUAGUAAAGUCAUCGUUGCUAUUAAUAAAGAUGGAGAUGCACCAAUAUUCAGUAUAGCUGAUUAUGGACUUACUGGUGAUUUAUUUAAGGUUUUACCUGAACUUACUGAGAAACUUAAGAAAAAAUAA